GUUGCAGCACAUACACAUUCUAAUGGGAGGCGAAGGUUCGAACUCCAUCCCGAAUGUUGAUCCGGACUACCAACGACUACCCUCCUUCAUCAAGGUUUUCCACCAAGAGCGUUGCAAAGAUGACAUGCGACUUCCUCCGGAGUUCGUGGCGAUUCACGGGUAUGACCUUCCGUUCGACUGUAGGCUCGUCUGGCCGAAUGGAGUACGAUACACGGUGCGAAUUCUGAAGCUAUCCAAUGGGUUCUUCUUCUCUUCCGGAUGGCGCGAGUUUGUUCGGGCUACUAAUGUCAUACACGGAGAUCAUCUGACCUUCACUUUGGUCGAUGUUGGGGUUUUCAACGUGAAGCGGUUUGAUAGCGCCACACAUUGUCCACCACAGGGAGACGUUGACGUUGUUGUAGACGACGAUGAGGCAGAUUGUUACUCCCCGGACAUCGAUACGUCCGACGAUUACGUGCCAUCGGAUAUUGAAUCUGACACAACCGUGGAUGAGGACUACGCGGACGAUAGCGGGGCACUAAGCAUCGAUGGGAACCCUACAUUCGUCAUUGAACUAACCCAGACGAACAUCGAUCGCAGCAUUGAGAUCCCGUUAUGCUUCUGGAACCGCCAUAUCCCAAUGGGAGCUAUUAAAGCGGGAGUGUGUCUGGUGACCGAAGGAGGGAUGUGGCGAUGUACAUUGAAACACAGCUCGAGGAAGAUAUGGGUGAAGCAUGGAUGGGCACGGUUCAAACACGAGCACAAUCUGGUGGAAGGGGUGCGUUGCCAUUUUGAGCUCGUUGAUGCAUUGCUUGUCCAAUUUUACGUGUGGUUUGAUCAUCCUUAGGACACGUUGGAAGAUGGGAUGGUAG